AUGGGCUACCACGGGAACAAGCUGUCCGCCAUCGGCCUUGCCUUCACCAGUCUCGCGCUCUUCAUUGCGCUCAUCAAUGGCGCCGUUUCAGUCAUUAAGCUGGGCAAUUUGGGCCCUCAAGGCCACACCAGUGCCCGGUGGAUCCGUGCAUCUGCUUUUCUGGUCAUCAUAUAUCUAACCCUCUCUCUUGCAGUGGAGACCUAUUUACUUGUCACUCCCCCAUGGGACAAGCAUCCGGGAACCAACAAAACCGCUUCCGAGCUUCCGGAGGUCACAGAACUCCUGGUCAAUCUGGCGCAAGCAGCCAUUCUCAUGACCCAGUUCAAACUAACAUUCGAUCUCUAUUCUACCGGAAGCAGGGCCACGAAGCUCACGGCUGUCAUUCUUUUCAUCAUCUCUCAAUUACUAAAUCUUACACGCUUUAUUGCAUUUCAUGUCGCCCUGUACGAUAGUAAUGAUUACGACCUAUCUGAAUCUAUCCCGGGGUAUGUCUAUGCGGUCUAUGUCCCGGCCCUGAUAAUGGAGGUCGUGCUGUUCUCAACAUCCGCAAUGUCCGUCGUCGUCAUUGUGAGAUAUUGGAUAGACUUUGGCGCAACACCUAAUGAGACGGCACCCGGGUUGCUCUUUGCCGCCAGUGCAUUCUCCCUCCUGCGUCAUACCUGGAAGGUAAUCACCAGUGGCAUCUCACAAAUUACCUCAAUGAAGGGCAUACCCGGGCCAUCGGUUUUCCCAAUGUGGUUCUUUUUAAUUGAGAGGGUGCUUACACAUUGGGAUAAUGUCAUCGUCACCACUCUUCUCUUCUGCUCUGCGCUCUCGGGGCUGCGAAAGCUGAAUUCCGGACGAGCAUCGCCAGUGAGUGACGUGGAUGGGCCUAUCGAGCUUAUCAACACCGCGGAGGCUUCACACCGCGUUGAGCAGAACCAUGUUUGGCGGUAG